AUGGAUGAAGAUUAUAAAGAAUUAGACUUUUCUAUUGAUCUUCCAAAAUCAAGUUUAAUACUGAAAAUGGAAGAAAAGAAAAAAAAUAAUGGAGAUUCUGAGCGAAGCAAGCUUAGUUUUGAUAAAUUUAAAGAGACAAUUGAAGAAAUUUCGAAUUUAAAUACAAAUCCACUUAAUUUAGAAUAUAGACGAAUGAUGCUCACUAGGAUCCAACUAAUUGGUAGUAGUUUUCCUGAGAUCAAUGAGGAAAUUUUGAUUUAUCUUGAAAACUCUGAUUUUUUAGAAAUAGUAUUGUAUUUUAUAGACAAUUACGAACUCACUAAAGAAGUGGAAGAUAAAGAUGAUGAUUUUGGAAUACUCGCUGCAUCUUGCAUUUUCGUUAUUUAUAAAUGUCUAAUGUCAAGCGAUCAACUAUCAACAAAGAUUAUGAAUUUAGGCUACUUUGACAUAAUCGAAAAAGCUAUAUAUCAAGUUCCAUUACAUUUAAAAAUUUAUCUGCUUGAAUGCACAAAUUACAUGUAUAAAAAGGAGGAACUAAACGGGGAACAGAUACAAGGAGAAAAAUUAUUACCAGUUAUGAAGCUUUGCUUGAUUUCUGAAGAUAUUGAAUUGAGUAUUACUACAGCUUCACUUCUCAGUAAUAUGUGCAGACAUUUUACUAAAUUUUCUGAUGAAUGCCAAGAGUUACUUUUCAAUCUGAUUGCUAUUUGCUUUUCAAGAGAAGAUAACAGUUUACUUAUAUUUGUAGGCGAUGCAUUAAGCCGCAUUUUACAUUUAAUAAUAGGGCAUCCAAUUCGAUCAAUUAUUGAUAUGAGUUUAGACUUUGCUUGGAGAGCAAUUCAAAUUGAAAAUGAAGAUAUUCAACUUUAUGCACUUAAAUGUGCAACAGAACUUCUGCUACACAAAGAAAUCGAAAACAUAUUCAGAAUUAUUAGUAUUGAAGAUGCUGCAUCAUUUUUAAAUUCAUUUACAGAAAUUUUGGUUAAACAAUCCAUCGCAUUCUUCUUUUGUUUAAUGGAUGAAUAUUCAGAUCUUAUUGACGAUGUAAUAACAUCAACAGUUCCUUCGAGAAUUUUAUCUUUAAUGGAAUUUGCUCCUUGUAAGGUGAAAGACUUAGCUUUUAGAUAUUUCUUCUGUCCAAUAUAUAGAAAACCAAGUUUGAGACUUGAUUCACUUAUAAAUGUGCAAUAUUUGGAAAGAUUCUUCGAAAUGAUACCAAAUUGUCAUGGAACUUCCGUUUAUAUUGAUUGCUUAGAGACACUAAUUCAAUAUCCCAUGUUUAUUGAAAUAAUAAACCAAAUUGACGGCGUUGAUACUCUCGAAGAGGUUUAUGACAAAAUUGACGGCGAUGAAGCUGAUAGAUUGAAUCUUUUGCUCGAUAAAAUUGCAGAACUGCAAAAAGAUGAUUGA